AUGCAUUAGUUGCUUUCAUCAACUGCUAAUGGACAAGGAGCUUCCUCCUUUGGCAAGAUUGAAAUAAAAUAGACAGUCCAGGUAAAUGACAUAAUUUCACUCUCAAGCUUUGAGAUCGUCAAAAACCUCCGCAUUCCUUUGCUUGUUUACCUCAUACUUAUUACUUUUGAGGUCUCUUACAUGAUCAGUACUCCCAUUUAAAAACUUGUUUAUGGAGAGGUCACUCUUACUGAGGAGCUGUUUCAACUUUUGACAGUACCAGUUGUGAGGGUAAUAAUCAUUAUAAUGUCAAUACUAUUGAUGCUCUAAUCAGCCUUCAUAUUUUAUCGUGGGAGAGAUUUAAAGAUUUAAUAAACAAAGGGUAAUGAAUCAAACUCGCAUAAGCAGGAAGACUAAAAUGCACAAGACAGAUAGUCUAGCAUUAUAAAAUCUUUAGUGAAGUUAUCAGGUAUAUUUCUCACACUUAUUACUACUGCUUUGAGUUAAUUCACCAUUAAGAUGUUUGUGUCAGAAUUUUACUGCGAAAUGGAUUAUGAAAUAUAGCAUGGCUGUGACUCAGUGCUAAGACAGAUGGCUCUAUAUUUCGGAGUUAUUGGUCUUGUAUUUCUAUCGCUUUUGAUAGCUUAUUCUGACUUCUUUAUUACUAGACAGUUUCCAGACAAAAACAUUCCAUGGGCAUCAUGGAAUGAUAGAGGAGCUUUCAUAAGAAAUAUGUACAAACUAGUUUAGAUAAUUGCUAUAGAAAUUUUAACCGAAUAAUAUAUAGACAUCAUCAAUUUUUCUUGUCUUGUGCUAGGAGCUUAUCUGGUCUAUGAUAGACUCAAUCGACCUCCUUUUUACAAUAGAUUAGUUCAGGGAGUAAUGAUAUUCUUCGAGUGCUAAAUAUUCCUCUUUUCCUUAAUGACUUGCUUUGAGGGUUUAGCUCAAAUAACACUAAGUAUGAGUGGAAUUGUUUUUCUUUUCUUAGGAGCAACAGUCCAAAGCAUUCUGUUGCACUUUUGGAUUACCAAGACUGAGCAAGAUAUCAUCACGAAUGAUACUGAUAUGAAGAAUUUUAAGAGUUUGUUUGAAAUAGAAAUGUACCUAGUCGUCAUGCUUCAUGAAAUGGAAAAAUUAGUUCAAAAUGAAGAGCAUGGAUAAGAGAAGCACAUUCAUUCUGUAAUAAGUAGACACAUGGAAGAGUGCGAAAAUGAGUAAUGUCUUUGUAGAAGUUAUGAACCAGAAUAUGAUAAGAAGUUCACAACAGUAGGAUCGAAGCGUUUAACUGCUAGUAUGUCUAUGGGUGGUAUCAAUCAUUUGGGAUCAUCUAACUCGCUACAAGAUCUCAAAAGAUUACCUUAUAAAUUAACCUACAAGACUAAACUAGAUAUCUUCAAAUAGGAAUUCGAAAUUAGAAUAGAUAAAUUUCUCGAAGUCUAUCCUAAAGCAUAUGGUGUGAAAUUACUUAAGAGCUUUUUCAAUCAUAAGUACUGUGACAGUUCCUAUAAAGCCCUCUUCGUUCAGUUAGAGAACGCUAUUACUUGCAAAAAUUUCUAGGGUAAAAUCUUCAUUUAUCACUUGAAGACUCAGAUACAGGAUGAGAUGAACAAAUCACUUGAAAGUCCACUAUCAUUUGAUAUUAACUAGCUACUUAAAUUUGAGAAAUAUAAACUUGAUUUUGAGAGAAAUUUGGAGGAGUUAAGUUUAAGUUGUUAAUAGUUUUGGACAGAUCUGAUAAAAGAAGAUUAUGAUGUUAAUAAAACUCUCGGGACUGCAUACCUUGUAUCAGAUAAGAUUAUUGAAAUUAAGUCACUAUUCUCAAAACUCAUUACAAUAAACUCUCUAUGCAUUGAUACAUCAAGCACCUAUGCUCUUGCAUAUAGAUAUAUUCUUCGAGAUGAAUCCACUUUUUCUGAAUUAGUUACAAGAAUAUAAUAAAUAAAAAACAGUUCGAAACUAGAGUAACAGAGAGAACAGGGUAUUAGAUUUUUUGAUUCAGAUAUAUACUCAUUGCUAAUGGUAUCAGGUGAUGUUAAAGAACUUGGGAGAAUCAAACAGGCUAACAGCUCGUGUAGAUUUGUAUAUGGAUAUGAUCCCAGAGAUUUAAUUGGAGCUAAGAUAAACAAAUUAAUGCCUGCCCCUUUCGCAGCAAUUCAUGAUAAAUUCUUAAGUAGUUUCCUAGCUAAGGGUAAAUCUAACUUUCUUGAAAAAAAUCAACCAUUACCAGUAAUGACAAAAGAUGGUUUCUUAUAAAUGACUCUUUUCUAUAUUAAGCCAAUGGUUUCACUACAUUUCGGACUAAUUUUUUCUACAUUUGGAAAGAUUCUGAAUAAGUACAGGAUCGCAGAUGACUCGCAUGAAUAUGUUAAGAUGUCAAAGUUAUGUGUUCUGCUAACAGAUGGCGAUGGCUUAAUCCAUGGUAUCAAUGAAUAAUCUUGCAAGUUAAUGGGUAUGCCACCUCCUAAUGCUAAAAAGCAGUUAUCACUGAAUGAUAACCUACUCUUUUCCAUAUAGUAAAUAUGUAAAUCAGCUAUGUAAUAAGAAUUUGAGUUUGAAGUUAUCAAAGGUACUUAAAUGACUGUAGACACUACAUUCCUAAAUAAAGAAAGAUAGUUCAGAAGAGAAUUCCCAGAUAUAGCUUGCAAAAUAGGAACCUACUAGGCUGAUGUUGGAGUGCAUAAAUAUUCUUAUCGUGACUUAAGAUCAGAGAUUAAUAUCUUUGUGAUAAAAAUUGACGAGAAGGAUGCAAUAUCUGUCAGCAGAAUAGGUCUGAAUUUCAAUGACACUCUUAAAAGCAAAUCUCAAGAUGAAUUGACAUAUUCUGAGUUCUCAAUUACAACUGCAAAUUCAAGUGUUGCCUCUAGUUAAGUUGCCACCUCUAAGUUUAAGACUUUCAAGUCAAAGAUAUAAAAUAUGUCUAUGCCAUCUCAAGUAUCAAGAUUCUAAAAGAUAUCGUUCCUUACAUUUUUCCUUUUACUUGGUAUUGCUGCAUGUAAUUUUGCUAUAAACUUAAUUCAAAAUCACUCCUUUAUGACUAAUUUAGAUGUGCUAAACAAUCUUCAAAUCUUAAUACAGUCAGUACCUGAAGCUUCUCAUUCAACUAGAUAAAUCCAUCUUAUCUCUAACAAUCUAGUUCAACAAACAGGAGAUGAAAUUAUUGAUUUUUACUAUAAGACCAAAUAUAACUUCUAUUCAAAGCAGCUUGCAUAGACUAGUUAGAGAUUUGAGCAAAUAUAAAAUGAAAUGAAAACUACUCUAAAGGAUAAAGUGAGCUUUGAUGCCUACAGAAUUUUAGUAAAUGAUGUCUAAUCAGAUGCUAGCGUUAAGAAUCUUAGUCAAUCUAUGCAGACUGCACUCAACUUAUUCAGUUCAAAGAUACUGAAACUAUCAACUUAUAAGCAGGAGAGAUUCUUAAAUAUUACAGUACCUAUUAUUUCAUUUUAAUGGGAUAUUUCUAAAAACAAAACAACUUCACCUAUAAAUGAUAUCUAGCAAGACAUCUUCUAUAUUAUAUAAAAUGGCCUAGGCUCAAUAGUCCAAGGACUAAUGGAUUUACAAGUUAAGACGAAAGAUUAAAUAUACGAUUCAUCUAGAUAAGCAGCACUUAUAGCACUUGUACUGGCAGGCAUUAGUAUAUUCCUUGUUAUAGUUUUACUACCAACUAGUUUGCCAACAUUAACUCACAUUGAAAAAAUAAGCCAACUUACUCUGAUGUCUUUAAAUAGAUUACCAGAAGUAUUCUGCUUGAAUGAAACCAAAGCUUGUAUGGAAAUUAUUCACUUCCUGAAUGAGUAAAAAGAGGGUGAAAAAUCCACACAUUAAAUGAUAAAAAAGCAUGAACAUAGAAAGCAAAAUAGGUAAAUCCUUAAGCUACCUAAAAAUACCAAGAACUACAAUGCUCAAAAUAGUGGUAGCAGUUAUGAUUCAGAUUCAGACAUUGAUAAGAGUACACUGCUUAAAUCUAAUAAUGCAACAAGCAAGUAAAAGAAUAAGUUUGGUGAUGACUCAGCUAGUACUGAAUCAAGGGGUUCAGCCACUGCUUCCAUUACCUCAUCUAAAAUAACUUCAUUGUCAAAAGUAAGAGCUAAUCAAAAUCAGUAUCAAGCCUAGUAAAUGUCAUAAGCUUAAAGAGCAAGAAGAAAUUAUGGUGGUACGAUUGAGCUUGAAAUAAACUAGGCUAAGACAUCUGAAUUACUAGAUGAUGAUGAUUAAGAAGAAAAUGUUGAGCUAACAGAAACAGAAAUAAAACAAAGAGAAAGAGAAAAAUCUAGGAAAGUUUAAAUUAACCUCACAUUUAGAAGGAAAAAGGUUAAGAAGUUCUUGUAUUUGAUCAUUGUGGCGCUGGUAAUAGCUAUCUAUUUUGGUAUUACAAGUUAUUAUCUGAACUUAGUACAUUAGUAUGAAAGAAUGUAUUCCAAGAAUUUCGAUGAGAUUGGCGAAAGGAUAUAAUGCUACACAAAUGCUGCAUCAUAUACUAUUGAUACCUUAGCUAGAAACAAAAAUAUCAAGUAUAAAGAUCAAAAGAUGGCAAGCAAAUAUUUUAUAGAAAGUUGCUUGGAAAAAGAACAGACUUACCUUAAUCUACUUUUGGAUGGAUAGGUAGCAGACUCAACAAUUGACACUUUCGUCAGCCUUAAUUCACAAUUCAAUGGGGAUAGUAUCUGUGAAACCCUAUCAAGAUAUCGAGGCCUAGAUUUUUACCAAUGUGGAGAGGUAAUGAAUGGGAUUCUAGUAAAAGGUUUAACUGAGACUCUAUUUCAUUUCUUAAGAAACUUACAAAGCACUAGACUCAUUUUUGAUGAUACUGUUCCCCUAAUGAAUGAUACAGAACAGAUUUAAAUAAUAAAAGAGCUUUUGAAAAGAGAACAGUCUAACGAGCUCAUAUCACUUCAUGAAAUAUAUUUGAAACAGGCUUUCGAAUAUAUGAGAGGGGAAAGUCUCUUGAUCAUACAAAGCUUUUUUAAUAAACUUAAUGGCUACUAUAACAUGCUAUUUGGCAUUUUUGUAGGUCUACUCACUGUGACUCAGGUGAUCGUAUCCCUGUACCUGGUAAAAAAGCUUUCCAUACAAAUAAUAAAGAUGUAUCACGUAGUACUGCUGAUUCCAUUUAGUGGUAGAACAUAAAAUGACCUUAAUAGGUUAAUGAUGAUUAAGUUAUGA